GCUCGCGGUUUUCUUUCCGUUAGCUUUCGUUUGAGCACCUCCGCGUGUCGAUCGGGUCAAGCACUCCCGAGAUACAGCACAGCCCUCACCCACACCCCUUAUGUGGGGCAUCUUUGCCCUUUUCGGGGUCCUGCUGCUAAGCAUGGGACGUAAGAGAGUAGACCCAGAGCAGGCCCAGAAGGCUGUAGAUGCGGUACGCAGCGGUGAGAUGUCGCUCCGCGUUGCUGCGAGGACCUACGGGUUACCGCUAGCCUCGCUGCACGACCGUGUGAAGAACAAGGUGGCCAUAGAUGCGAGGGUUGGUCCCGGGACUGUCCUGAGCAAGGAGGAGGAAGAUUUCGUAGAAGACGUCUUGAUCUACGCCUCCCGACACUUCUUGCUGUUGGGUCGGAGGGAGCUGAGAGACGCUGUGCGCAACAUCUGCACCGACGGGCGCAAGGUGCCCUGGGACCCAGACAAGGGCCCUGGGGACAGCUGGCUUGAGGGGUUUAUGGCGAGACACCCGGGUUUGUCGGAGCGAGCCACCCACAUCUACGAAGCAAACCGGAUUAACGAAGACGGCGAGCCUCGCCUUCAAGCUUUCUACAAAGCAUGGGCGGAGUACCUGGAGGAGACCAAGCUCCCGCCGGAACGCAUCCUCAACACGGAUGAGACAAGUUCGACCCCUCAAGGUACAAAGUCGGGGAAGGCAAUCGUCGCAAGAGGCACCAAGGUACCCGGCGCGAGGCGUUCCAAUUCGCGAGAAAAUACGACGGUGGUCGCCACCAUCGGUGCCGACGGCCACACGUUCCACCCUACCAUCAUCUUCAAAGGCCAGCGUAUGCAACCCGCUUGGAUCCAGGACAACAACGGCGUCCCCGAUGCGAAGUACACCGUCACGGAGUCAUCCUUCAUCCAGAGCCACGUCUUCCUGGACUACCUUCGAGACCUCCGCAAGCAGCUCGAUGCGCGCGGCUUGCUGGGCAAAGCUGCCCUUGUGCUCGACGGCCACGCCUCACACACGACCUUCGACGCCAUCAGCUUGGGCAUCUCCCUGGACAUGGACCUAUUCCAGCUUCCAUCCCACACAUCGCACAUCACCCAGCCCUUGGACGUCGGUACGUUCGGAACCUUCAAGAUGGAGAUCACCAAGGUGCUCACGGCCUACCCGCUAAAGAACGGGGGGAGGAGUCCGGUGAAGCGCGACAUGGCUGGCGUGAUUGCGGAGGCAUGGGCAGGGAGCUUCACGCCUGAGAACAACAAGGCGGCGUUCAAAGGGUCGGGCUUGUGGCCGGUGAGCAUGGAGAAAGCUAUCAACAGACUACACAGCAAGAGGAAGCAACGGGACCAUGACCGCCCUAUUCGUGAAGACCUCGCCGUGGUUGCCUCUAAGGAUCAACUCGAGCGAGACCUCGGCCGCGCUGCCCUCCUGGAGCUGAAAAGACACGGGCUGAUGAUCGAGGGGCUCCGUGUCAACACCGUGUUCCUUGGCGGGCUCACCCGCCUCACCAAGCGCACCAAGGCUUUCGCGACCGUUCGGGCGGGGGGGGGGAAGCCCGAAGGUGGUCUGCUGUCCGCCGAAGAACAUCUUGCUCAGGCCAAGAAGGACCAAGAAGCGAAGCAGGCAGCUGAGGAAGCAAAGGCGGCACGCGCGGAGGCAAGGGCAACGAAGGAGGCCAACCAACAAUCUGGAGCAGUUGGUGGGCGGGGCGGCGGGCAGGGCGGCGGGCGGGGCGGCGGGCGGGGCGGCGGGCGGGGCGGCGGGCGGGGCGGCGGGCGGGGCGGCGGGCGGGGCGGCGGGCGGGGCGGCGGGCGGGGCGGCGGGCGGGGCGGCGGGCGGGGCGGCGGGCGGGGCGGCGGGCGGGGCGGCGGGCGGGGCGGCGGGCGGGGCGGCGGGCGGGGCGGCGGGCGGGGCGGCGGGCGGGGCGGCGGGCGGGGCGGCGGGCGGGGCGGCGGGCGGGGCGGCGGGCGGGGCGGCGGGCGGGGCGGCGGGCGGGGCGGCGGGCGGGGCGGCGGGCGGGGCGGCGGGCGGGGCGGCGGGCGGGGCGGCGGGCGGGGCGGCGGGCGGGGCGGCGGGCGGGGCGGCGGGCGGGGCGGCGGGCGGGGCGGCGGGCGGGGCGGCGGGCGGGGCGGCGGGCGGGGCGGCGGGCGGGGCUUCGGGCGGGGCGGCGGGCGAGAGGGGGGGAGAGGUGGAGGGCGCGAGGGUGGGAGAGGUGGAGGGCGGAGCGGGGGGCGUGGCGAAGGACGGGGCGGGGAACAGGACGGAGGGCGGGGAGAGAGGAGCGUGAGGGUUGAGCUAAGCGGGACGCGGACGGCGAUCAGGGGGCGCGGUGGCGGUGGGCGAGAGGGGCGUGGCAGAGGACAGGGUGGCCAGGACCGCACCACUGGUGCUCGUGGAGAGCAAAUGGGGGCGGGAGGGCGGGGGGGGGACGAGGGGAGAGGUGCUCCCGUCCAAGGAGGAGCGGGACGGCCGAGAGGGGCGGCGGUUCCCUUGGUUCACCCGCCGCCGUCGGCGGCUCCCAUUUCUUCCCGAGGACGGCAGCGGAUCCCGACACCAAUCGUUGAUGUUUAGACCAGGGCAGAUGCUUUGCGGUUGUUGUUGUUUUUCUGGGCUACUAUUGUCUAGGCGGUGGAUGAAUUAGACUAUACGAGUAAAGCAGAAGAUUAGGUGGUUUGUGGGGGCAUGUGGAGAUGGUUAGGGUGCACCCCAGCAGCGCGGGGGGGGCGGGGGGGUUGAUACCGGGAAACCCGGGGAUAUGGUAAUUUUGUCCCCGGGCAUGCAUGAUUUUUUUUUUUUUUUGCAACAGCGUUUCUUGUGAUAAAACAAACCUACACACCAAAGGGCGUCUUGUGGGAAUGUAAGAUGACUGUGAAAAAAGGGAAAUGGCCUUGGGGUUCUUGCGGAGAAUUAUAGCGGUAGCGGCCGGGUCAAGGGGUGCCUGUUUGAACGGGCAUUACAUCACAUGCGCGAAGUUUUUCGUCCCAAUUUUUUUUUCUUGAGUAUGUAUAUGAUCAGAUUAGACCCACUGUGCAAUAAUCUCUUAGUUUUGGCUCUUUUCAUGUGUGCAGCACCGCCGUACGGUCAAAAAUGGGGUAAAAUCCGUCCCCGAUUUCAGGCGGAAAACCCGGGGAUGUGAGGAUUUUGUCCCCGGGCGUGGAUCGAUUCCCUUUUUUUUUUUCCUAAACGGAUAUAUGUUGCGACAGACGUAUCUCCACAAAAAAUCAGAUCAUGAAACGCUUCAGAACGCACGAAAGCAGCUACAAAGCUAAAGUGUUCGUUAAUUGGGGGGGGGGUGUUUUCCUGCAUU